AUGCGUCCAACCUCAACCUCAAUACUUGACCUCUCGCCGGAGAUUCUGGUUCAGAUAUUGGAAUAUCUGUGCCCACACUGCUCGGGCGAAGUUGACGGCACGGACACUCGAAGCCUAGGAACUUGGGAUUCACACGUCGUGAAAGACUCACAAUCCACCCUAUAUGGACUCUCGACAUCUUGCAGGGCCAUGAGAAAUAUAGCGGAACCCUUUCUUUACCAUUAUAUCGUCCAUACUGAAAGGGCCGGGCUGCUCGCUCGCACUCUUUUGCAGCGGCCGGCCCUUGCGCGAGCAGUUGAAGAGCUAGCCAUCACUGCCGUAGACUUCACCAGUAAAUAUGACGAAAAGGUUUCUCGGGAGGACCAAGCGAUAUUUGAGGUACAGAUGCAAACAGCUGGCACGAAUGCCCUAGAGAAAGACAUAUUUAAGCGAGAGAACAUGCUGGGAAUGUUGAUGCUAGCACAUACCCCCAAUGUACAAAGGCUCUCUGUGCUCACAGAACCCAACGUUCCUGUGAUGUGUUAUCCGCAUGGAGCCUUAUCUUGCCUCACGAUACUCCGUGCCAACUGCGAUGACACUGAUAGCGGAUUUGACCUAUCAGUUCUGUCGGGCGUUAUGAAGGCCGCUCCGAAUUUGAAGACCUUCGUUGGAUUUAAUCUUACGCGCGUCGAUCUCAAGAGAGGUGAGAUAUUUAGUGAGAGCGUCACGGAAGUGAAUCUCGCGAAAGCCACAACUUGGACUGUAGAUUUCAAGAUGCUCAUUAGAGGGUUUCCAAGCCUCCAAGUCUUUCGUUUCGAGACUGGCAGGAGCCGUGACUUUGCACGGGCGACCCCAGCUGAAAUGGCAAAGUAUCUUUUAGCUCGCAAGGAGACGUUGAAGGAAAUCAACAUCAGCGCAAGUGCUAGCGCUUUCCCCGACAUGUUGCUACUUAGGGAUGAAGUCAUCAAUUACUUGGCUGGUAUGACGUCUCUAGAGACCAUCAUCCUGAACAGUGACUCGAUCUAUAGUGAAUAUGACAGCGCUUCUUACACAGAUGGAUCAUUUCUUAUUGGACUAUUGCCAGAGUCUGUCAGAGUCUUGGGCCUCGUAGAUCCUCCCGAUCACCUUGAGCACGACAUUUUUCGGCUAGCUGCUUCUGCUUCUAAAAGAUUUCCGUUACUUAAGAAGGUCAUGCUCCAACAUGUGGGAAGGUCUAAGCUAAAGGCGUACAAGAAAGCAUUUAAGAAUUCGAGUAUAAAGUGUGUUGUAGCCAAAGGCUUGGACACCAUCGUACGUCCAUAG